GCCCGCCGCCGAGCGGCUCGACGUGGGGCGCGUGCGCCGCCCCUGGCGCUGGUGGGGGCAGGAAGAUGGCGGCCGGCCGCGGCGGGGGAUCGUGAGGCGGCGACGGCUGCUUCCGGGCCCGGGGGGACGAGGCGAGACGAGCGGCGGGGCGCGAGGGCGCGGUGCGAGACGCCGGCUGGACGCAUUUCAGAAACAAGAGAGCCAUGGCCACAGAAAUCGGCUCCCCGCCCCGAUUCUUCCACAUGCCGAGAUUCCAGCACCAGGCGCCUCGGCAGCUCUUCUACAAAAGACCUGAUUUUGCACAGCAGCAAGCAAUGCAACAGCUUACUUUCGAUGGAAAACGUAUGAGAAAAGCUGUGAACCGAAAGACUAUUGAUUACAAUCCCUCCGUAAUUAAAUAUUUGGAGAAUAGAGUAUGGCAAAGAGACCAGAGAGAUAUGCGAGCAAUCCAGCCUGAUGCAGGAUAUUAUAAUGAUUUGGUCCCUCCUAUUGGAAUGCUGAACAACCCUAUGAAUGCUGUAACAACAAAAUUUGUUCGGACUUCUACUAAUAAAGUAAAAUGCCCAGUAUUUGUUGUCAGGUGGACUCCUGAGGGGAGACGCUUGGUUACUGGUGCAUCUAGUGGAGAAUUCACUUUGUGGAAUGGACUGACUUUCAAUUUUGAAACAAUAUUACAGGCUCACGACAGCCCGGUAAGGGCUAUGACUUGGUCACACAAUGAUAUGUGGAUGCUGACAGCAGACCACGGGGGAUAUGUGAAAUACUGGCAGUCCAACAUGAACAACGUCAAGAUGUUCCAGGCACAUAAGGAGGCGAUUAGAGAGGCCAGUUUCUCACCCACGGAUAAUAAAUUUGCUACAUGCUCUGACGACGGCACUGUUAGAAUCUGGGACUUUCUACGUUGCCAUGAGGAGAGAAUUCUUCGAGGACAUGGAGCAGAUGUGAAAUGUGUUGACUGGCAUCCAACAAAGGGUUUGGUUGUAUCAGGAAGCAAAGACAGCCAGCAGCCGAUCAAGUUCUGGGAUCCAAAAACUGGCCAGAGCCUUGCCACGCUACACGCUCAUAAAAACACAGUGAUGGAGGUGAAGCUGAAUCUGAAUGGCAACUGGUUGCUAACAGCUUCUCGUGACCAUCUCUGCAAACUCUUUGACAUUCGUAACCUGAAAGAGGAACUUCAGGUCUUCAGGGGUCAUAAGAAAGAGGCCACAGCUGUGGCUUGGCAUCCUGUUCACGAGGGGCUGUUUGCCAGCGGAGGGUCUGAUGGCUCUUUGUUAUUCUGGCAUGUUGGGGUUGAGAAGGAGGUUGGUGGAAUGGAAAUGGCCCAUGAAGGAAUGAUCUGGAGUCUGGCAUGGCAUCCCCUCGGACACAUUCUCUGUUCGGGCUCAAAUGAUCACACCAGUAAGUUUUGGACUCGAAAUCGGCCUGGAGAUAAAAUGCGAGAUCGUUACAACUUGAAUCUGCUGCCUGGGAUGUCAGAGGAUGGUGUGGAAUAUGCUCCAGGAGAUGAUUUGGAACCCAACAGCCUAGCAGUUAUCCCUGGGAUGGGAAUACCUGAGCAGUUGAAAAUAGCCAUGGAGCAAGAGCAGAUGGGGAAAGAUGAGUCCAAUGACAUUGAAAUGACAAUCCCAGGACUAGACUGGGGAAUGGAGGAAGUAAUGCAAAAGGACCAAAAGAAAGUGCCACAGAAAAAAGUGCCCUAUGCAAAACCAAUACCAGCACAGUUUCAGCAGGCGUGGAUGCAGAAUAAAGUUCCUUUGCCUCCCCCACCUGAGCCAUUGAUUGAUAGAAAGGAAGAUAUUAAGCUGGAGGAGAAAAAGAAGACACAGGCAGAGAUUGAACAGGAAAUGGCAGCACUUCAGUACACAAACCCACAACUCCUGGAGCAAUUGAAGAUUGAGAGACUUGCACAAAAACAAGCUGAGCAAGUGCAGCCACCUCCAGGAGGCUCUCUUCACGGACCCCAGCCUUUUCCAGGGCAAGGCCCAAUGUCACAGAUGCCUCAAGGGUUUCAGCAGCCCCUUCCACCACAGCAGAUGCCAAUGAAUAUGCCUCAGAUGGGACCUCCUGGUCCACAAGGACAGUUCAGACCUCCGGGACCCCAAGGACAAAUGGGACCUCAGGGUCCUCCAUUACACCAAGGAGGUGGAGGUCCGCAAGGCUUCAUGGGACCACAAGGACCUCCGGGCCCCCAUGGACCUCAAGGAAUGCCACGGCCUCAGGAUUUACAUGGACAUCAAGGAAUGCAAAGGCAUCCUGGCCCUCAUGGGCCAAUGGGGCCUCCAGGCCCGCAGGGUAAUGCUGGUCCACAAGGGCACCUAGGACCGCAGGGCCUGCCUGGGUCUCAGACUCAUUUGGGGCCACAAGGUCCACCUGGCCCGCAGGGUAACUUGGGACCUCAGGGUCAAGGAAUGCAAGGGCCACCUGGUCCCCGAGGGAUGCAAGGACCUCUUCCUCACGGCAUGCAAGGAGCUCCGGGAUCUCAAGGGAUGCAAGGUCCUAUCUCCCAAGGGCCUUUGAUGGGACUUAAUCCAAGAGGGAUGCAGGGCCCACCAGGGCCCCGAGAUAACCAGGGACCUACUCCACAAGGGAUGAUGAUGGGUCAUCCGCAAGAGAUGAGAGGUCCUCAUAUGCAAAGUGGUUUACUAGGACAUGGGCCCCAGGAGAUGAGGGGGCUACAGGGACCCCCGCCCCAAGGCGCAAUGUUAGGACCGCCGCAAGAAAUGCGUGGGCCACAAGGCCAGCAGGGACCUCCGCAGGGCUCUUUGGUAGGGCCACAAGGAAACAUGCAAGGACCUCAAGGACAACCAAACCCUUCGAGGGGGCCACAUCCUUCCCAGGGCCCUCUGCCUUUCCAGCAGCAGAAAACACCUCUGUUGGGUGAUGGGCCUCGUCCCCCGUUCAAUCAGGACGGACAGAACCCAGGUCCUCCACCACUGAUACCAGGACUGGGGCAGCAGGGAGGACAAGGUCGUCUCGGCCCUCACAACCAGGGACCUGGCCUUAAUAAAGGUGACUCCCGUGGUCCACCAAACCACCACAUGGGCCCUCUCUCAGAUAGAAGGCACGACCAGAACAGUGGUGGCCCUGAUCAUGGGCCUGAGAGAGGGUUGUUUCGAGGUGGCCAGGAGUGGGGUGAUGGUAGAGACAGCAGGGGCAUGCCAGAUAGACGAGGACCUCACCCAGAUUUCCAUGAUGACUUUGAUCGACCAGAUGACUUCCGUGACGACUUCCAUCCAGAUAAGAGAUUUGGCCAUCGAUUACGGGAAUUUGAGGGGAGAGGAGGCCCACCAUUGCAAGAUGAGAAAUGGAGACGAGGUGGACCUGGGCCUCCCUUUCCUCCCGAUCACAGGGAAUUUGAAGGCGGGGGUUCAAAUCGUGGCCCUCCUGGUGCUUGGGAAGGACGGAGACCUUCAGAUGAUAGAUAUCCACGGGAUCCUGAGGAUGCACGGUUCCGAGGAAGACGAGACGAGAGAUUUAUAAACUGGAAACCAAUAAGGAAAUGAAAACUCUAAUAUACCUGAGUAUAGAGUCCAUAAAAUCAUUCAGUAAUAGAAGAAAACUUGAAAAAUGGUCAUUGUACACAGCAGCUUCCGUGUCUGUAAACAGUAAGUAAAGAGAAGGGAGGAAAUUUGUAGAGAAGAUCCAGUGACACAGGAUGAAGAUUUGAGAUCGUUUUGACGAAAAUUGAGAGGAAACUCGAAGGUUAAAAUGGCAAACUUUUGAACACUAGAAGUGGAAUUUGAGACUCUGUCUCCAGUCACAAACUGCAGGAUGACUGUGGAGACUGUAGAACGAGCUGUAAGAUACUUGUGAGGAGCAGGAACAGUGAUCCUACUAUCAAAUAUAAGGGGCAGAGCUCUGCAGCCUGUUGGACUGUCGAGACUAUUUUCUCAUGUUUUUUGCUUGUAGGAAUUUUAUUUCUCUUUCUGACUUAUUUCUUAAUGCCAAGCAAAGAACUCAAAAAUAAUCUAGUUUAUAGCAAUGUCCUCGUCAUUGCUCACAAUUUCCAGAUCAAUCACAAAGGGAUGACUUUGCUUCUAGUUAUUAAUGUAAAUAUGGAGGAAUUGCUCAAAGUUGGCAAGACGACCUGUCACUGAAAUUGCUCCAGAUUUAUGCUAGUUUAACAGAGUUAAAUUUGGCCUCCAAGGUCUAAACCUCUCACUGACCACCAGCUCCAUAUGUAUAAAAAUGUGUACUUGUACAAAUAUAUUGUGGUCUCCACAUAAUGUGAAUUUUGUGUGUUUUAGUUGCCUUUUAAUCAUUUUCUUACAUUCCUCUUACUUUGCAUCUAUACAGCUCUUCUUUUAGCUAUUUUCUACCUAGCUCUGUAAAGAUGUACCUUCCUUUUGUGUGAAGAGUAUGAAAAGAAAUGAACAAAAAGAAGGUAACAAAGCCGUUUAAAAAAGAGAGAGAAUCCAAGUGGAGUAGUCUGCCUUACAUAACUCUGAAAGACGUAGCAGACAGUGAUUUUAGAAGCUCAGUAGAGAUUUUCAGAUCUUCUAUUGGAAAUGUUUAGGGAUUGGGGAAUAUUUUAUUCUUAUCCUGAUUUUACAGAGGUUUCAGGAGGGGAGUCCAGGCAUCUUAGGACCUGGGAAUCUGACUUCUGAGCUAACCAGGGUCUGUCACAGUGCAAGUGUUUGUACAGACCGGUUAGCUGGAGAAGAAUCAUCACAGGGCUCUAAAAGGCUUAUUGUGCUUGCACUUAGUGAUUUCCUCUGAGUGAAGGUGAAUUGGUUGAUGCUGAAGUGAGCCUAAGAAUCCCAACUACUCGUUUAGCUGACUUGGUUUGGAAUUUAGAUCGUAAUUGGUUUGAUCAAAAACGUGAGAGGGAAGUGUGUGUAUGUGUGUUUCUCUCUAAUUUCCCAUCCUUUUCAUCUCUGUCCUGUUCUCACUCUACCUGUGCAUAUCAACAUGAUGCUUCUACUGCAGAGACCUGCCUCUUCCUGCUGCUAAUCUGCACAGUGUGUAGUUCUGUACGUUAAGGUCCUAGGCCUCAAGGAAGAAGAUGAGAGCAGUCAAACAGGAACUGAGCCCUAUGCGAGGCAGGGUUUUACGUGUGACUGAUGAGGAAAAAGUGAAAAAGGAUAUACAUAACCCAAUAUUAGGAGCCAUGGCUGUAUCAGGCAUAGGUAUGAUAGAUUUCAAAGCUGAACUUUGUCCAUAAGGUUGCCUGGAAACACAGAGAAAGGUCCUCCUCCUGGUAGCCAUAGGAUCUUGUGUUGCAAAUCUUGGUAAUUUACAAACUAAGCAGAAUCUCACCAAGUCAGUAUUAAAAUGGGAGACCCUCUAAGGAAUAUAUCUAGAGGACUGUGCUGUCUCAAGGCUAAACAACAUUGCGAUGUGGUUAUUUGAACCAUUUGUACCUGAAACUGCUGAGUUUGUUUUCACAAAUCACCCAGGUUAAUGUGAAAUGGUUCAUUGUCCAUAUGCAGCACUCCCUCCAUCCACUGUUGUACCUGUACAGGCACAGCAGCCUCCUCUCUGUAUUGUGUUUGUUUU